GCUGAUAAAUUCCACAUGUACGUCAAUUACUGUAAAAACAAACCGGAUUCCAGCCAACUCAUCUUGGAGCAUGCUGGAAGCUUCUUCGAUGUAAGUGAAUGAGUUGUCUGUCCUCUUCUACCUGUAGGUGGUGCCAAUGAACCAUUUAUUUCAAUGCUAAAGCACAGGAGUCAUAUUUCUUCUGCUUACUUACCACCAUUCGUCUCUUUGCAUUACAGUGCACAGUCUUAUGGCUUCCGUUCCAAAUGGCACCCUGUUUACUUUACAGUGCACUACUUAUGAACAGUGGCCAUAGGGUUCCAGUCAAAAGUAGUGCACUAUAUAGUCAUAGGGAAUGGUGUGCCACUUGGGACGAACACAUGAUUAUAGGCUAUGAAUACAUUAAAGUAUGUCAAUGUCAACAUCAAUAUGUUUCAAUCAUCAUGAUGUCAUAAAUUCUGCGUGCAGGAAAUCCAGCAGCGACACGGAUUGGCCAACUCCAUCUCCUCCUACCUUAUCAAGCCAGUGCAGAGGAUCACUAAGUACCAGCUUCUCCUCAAGGUAGGGAACAUGAUGGGAGAGAAGGUCUGUGUCCCAAAUGAAAAUAGAGCUCUUUGGCCAAGCACACCAGUGGUGGAUUUUGCUUUGAAAGAAGGAUGAAAAUAACCCCAUACCUACUGUAAAAUAUGGUGGUGGAUCUUUGAUAUUAUGGGGCUAUUUUGCUUCCACUGGUCCUGGGGUGCUUGUUAAGGUCAACGGCAUCAUGAACUUUACCCAGUACAUGGACAUUUUAGCCCAAAACCUGGUUGCCUCUACCAGAAGGCUAAAACUUGGCCGCAAGUGGAUCUUCCAGCAAGACAAUAAUCUGACGCACACGUCAAAAUCCACAAAGAAAUGUUUAAUUGACCACAAAAUCAACAUUUUGCAAUGGCCAUCUCAGUCUUUGGACACCAUUUAAAACCUGUGGUUUGAAUUGAAGAGACCAGUCCAUAAGCACAGACAAAGGAUAUCAGUGCCGUUACCCUAGCAGGGGAGGGUGCAAGAGUAUUGAAAAUGGGUGGCAAUCAUUUUGACCUGUAUCUUUUUGAGAGAAAAAAAUAUUAGUAGUUAAACAAAAUAUCUUUCUCUGAGCAAUUGUAUUAGUAUAAAAUAAUAUUUUGUUGAUUUUUUUUUAUUUUAUACAAUACAGCUCAGUAUUUGUAUUAUUUUUUUUAUACAGUCUUUUUUGCUCAUCUUCAUCAAGGGUGCCAAUAAUUUAGGUCAUGACUGUAUAUAGGGAAUAGGGUGCCAUUUGUGAUGCGGACAAGGAGGAAACCUGGGCGCUCUUAUCAUCCAGCCCACUUCCCCCAGGAAAUAUGGAACAUCAAAGCAUUCUUCCCCUUCUCUCUCUCUCUCUCUCUCUCUCUCUCUCUCUCUCUCUCUCUCUCUCUCUCUCUCUCUCUCUCUCUCCUUCCUACCUCCGUCUCUCCCUCUCUAUCUCAUCAGUAUGUAUACGUGGGUUUUCUUAUCAAUCUCAUUAGUGACUUCCCAAGAGACAGCUGAUUCCCCUGCCUGUGUGUUGGCCCUUAGCUCUGUGUUAUAUGUUCAUAGUAUGCACUUAGUGAUGUGUCCGAAUCUCAUCACACAGUAUCUUAGGUGCAUCCCAAAUGGCAUCCUAUGCCCUAUCCUAUAUAGUGUACUUACGGAAUAGGGUGCCAUUUAGGAUGCAGACAGUAUCUUGCAUACAGAGAGCCCCUUUACAGUGUCUGGCAUAGGAAAUAGCACUGAAACUAUUUCCAGACAUGUCUUCUCAAAAUGACUGUUCUUAGCCCUCUUAUUUUCUAAUGAAACAAUAACCAGCUGGAGAAAUUAUUGUUCUGUGUUUAACGUGCAUGCCAGGAACUGUAAACUUAGCGACCCUAUCAGCACUGGAACGGAUGAAAACUGUCCAAAUGCAAUGUUUCAGGAGCUGCUGACCUGCUGUGAGGAGGGGAAGGGGGAGAUCAAGGAUGGCCUGGAAGUUAUGCUUAGUGUACCCAAGAGGGCCAACGACGCUAUGCAUGUCGCCAUGCUGGAAGGUACAGUAGGGGAGGCCUGUGUGCUGAAUUCUAUUUAAAACAUCUCUAAAUUCCUUAGCUAGGGUGUUCCAUCACUUCAUGUGGAAGUAAACAAACUAGCCUUAUCCCUUUAAGGGACAGUUGUGAAAUGUGCAGUAAGACCUGCACAGCAUGGAAUAAUACUAUCUAGUAGACAAGUAUAGAGCUGUAAGGUUGUUGUCUCUCUGUCAGGGUUGGGGGCAAUUGGAAUUGAAGUCCGACAAUUCAGGAAGUAAACUGACAUUUCUAAUUCAAUAAUCGCAAAAUAAAAUGGCAUCUAUUUUCAAUGAUCAUUUUUUUCUAAUGUUAAUUUAAAAUGACUUCAAUUCAAAUUGACCCCAAGUCUACUGUCUGUGAUGCAUUGCUGUAUGUAAAGAGCCAUGUGAUCUCCGGCAGGUUUCGAUGAGAAUCUGGACGUGCAGGGAGAGCUGUUCAUCCAGGACACUUUCCAGGUGUGGGAUCCCAAGUCUCUGAUCCGGAAGGGCCGGGACCGUCAUCUCUUCCUGUUUGAGAUCUCCCUGGUGUUCAGCAAGGAGAUCAAGGACUCGGCCGGACGCACCAAAUACGCCUUCAAGAACAAACUGCUGGUAGGACUUAGGACUGGACUCUUUUUCUAGCCAUCUUUUCUUUUGUUCUCUCCUCGCCUCUUCUCUCCUCUCCCCUCCUCCCCUACCUGCUCUACAGUUAAAGUUAAAGUCAGAGGUCAAUUUGAAAGCAAAGAAGCUGCACUUGACGUGACACAUCUGAGGAAUGAGACCGGUCAUGUAGUUGUUUGGAGUUCCAGCUUUUCAAGGGAAUUCCGCUCAAGAUAGCACUGGUGUUUUCAUAUAGAUAAUGUGUCAUCCAGCUGGCCAAGCUGUGAACCUAAUAAUACUGUAAUGAUGUGAUGCCUUGCAUGUGUCCUGGAGACUCUUGGGGGAGUUGGAUCAGAAGGGCAGGUGCUAUUAGCCAGUGGAGAUGUUUUCUUCACACUAUGGGCCAAGAGGUUAGCCAUCCAAUUCCCUUUGAUCUGCAUCCAGCCUUGGCUUGCUGGCUGAGAUGUGUAAAGCCCCCAUUGUGUGUGUGCACGCACCUGUGUGCGUUGGAUGGGUGUGAGAGUAUUUGUGCUAUUGUAGUGCUACGAUUCGUACAAAGCUCAUUUUAUGUAGAUAUUGCCGGGGCGGCAGGUAGCUUAGUGGUUAAGAGCAUUGUGCCAGUAACCGAAAGGUCGCUGGUUCUAAUCCCCGAGCCGACUAGGUGAAAAAUCUGUUGAUGUGCCCUUGAGCAAGGCACUUAACCCUAAUUGCUCCUGUAAGUCGCUUUGGAUAAGAGCGUCUGCUAAAUUACAAAAAUGUACAUUAUGUGUAAGCAGGACUGGACUACGGUGUGUGUGUGGGUGGGUGGUAAUUGCCCGCUUGUAUAAUAGGCUACAGGGUGUUUUAGAGGAAGCUGGGGAGUGAGGAUACAAAGAUCCAGGUGUUGAAAACAUGAAACCCAGAGCAGAUGGAGUGGUCUGGAAAUUAAAGCUUCCUCUCACUUUGCAUUAAUUAUGAAUGCAUAUGUGCAUGUCCAAUAACAGAUGUUCCAAGUCAAAUCAAAUCAAAUGCAUGUAUAAAGCCCUUUUUACAUCAGCAGAUGUCACAAAGUGCUUAUACAGAAACCCAGCCUAAAACCCCAAACAGCAAGCAAUGCAGAUGUAGAAGCACGGUGGCUAGGAAAAACUCCCUAGAAAGGCAGGACCCUAGGAAGAAACCUAGAACCAGGCUCUGAGGAGUGGCUAGUCCUCUUCUGGCUGUGCCGGGUGGAGAUUAUAACAGUACAUGGCCAUUAAGGCCAGAUUGUUGUUGAAGAGUUCAUAGAUGACCAGCAGGGGUCUGGUGAACAGGUCGGGGUUCCAUAGCCACAGGCAAAACAGCAGAAACUGGAUCAGCAGCACAACCAGGUGGACUGGGGACAGCCAGGAGUCAUCAGGCCAGGUAGACCUGAGGUAUGGUCCUACUAGGGCUGAGAGAGAGAGAGAGAGAGAGAGAGAGAGAGAGAGAGAGAGAGAGAGAGAGCGAGAGAGAGAGAGAGAGAGAGAGCGAGAGAGAGAGAGAGAGAGAGAGAGAGAGAGAGAGAGAGGACAGAAGAUCACGUCAGUGACUCAGCCCACUCAAGUCGAGUAACCAUGCGUUUGAUGUAUUUGAUACCAUUCCACCUAUUCCUCCCCAAUUAAGGUGCUACCAACCUCCUUUGACAGGGACAUAGAGGAAAGUUGGAUGGGAUUUACUUCGACUGUAUCUUAAAGUUCCUCUUAAAUUCCAUCUCCUUAUCAGAAAGGGAACAUUGCUAUUAUGUUUUUCUAAUGAUAUUCAAUGAUAUACUGAACACAUGAUGAUUUGGAAGGUUCCUAGUCAUAAAAAGCAGGUGAAAACAAUGUUCAAGACUUUAAAUCUUGUUGUGCUCCAUAUCCAGACAUCCGAGCUGGGUGUGACGGAGCACAUUGAAGGGGACCCCUGUAAGUUUGCCCUGUGGGCUGGAAGGACCCCCUCAUCUGACAACAAGACUGUCCUCAAGGUAGGUCUAGGUUUCUUCUGAUCUCUAAAGCAUCACAGUGUAGGAGUGCUAAUCCAGGAUCAGUUUUCCUUUUUCGAUCAUAAUGAAUAUGAUUAUAUAUGGACAGGUGGGACCUGAUCCUUAAUCAGCACUCCUACUCUGAGACACUUUCUGAAUACGGGCCCAGGUCCCUUUAAAGCUGCCUUCUACUGAUCUUCAAGAUGGUUCAGGACAGGGUGAAAGGUAGCUUUAGGUCAUUUGCCAUACCCACACUAAUUGAGGGGCCAUAAAAAGUGACAUAUAAUAUAGUGUUCCUAGGGCCAUGCCUUGCAGAAAGCAUCAUUUACAGAGCAACACCUUCAGGGUUACAAUGCCGUUUUUCUCCUUUAUACGCCAACACCUUCUCUUGCCAGAGGCCAGAGGAUAAAAAAAGGUCAAUCACUGUGUGAUUGUGUCUCACUCUCCUCCCCAGGCAUCCAGUAUUGAAGCAAAGCAGGAGUGGAUCAAGAACAUCCGGGAG